AUGGAGCACGAGAAGGAUCCAGGAUGGCAAUAUCUUCGCCGCUCGAGAGAGCAAAUGCUGGAGGACCAAUCCAAGCCAUAUGACUCCAAGAAAAACUGCUGGAUCCCAGAUCCAGAAGAGGGAUACCUCGCUGGAGAAAUCACCGCCACCAAGGGAGACACCGUCACCAUCGUCACCGCUCGUGGAAAUGAGGUCAACCUCAAGAAGGAGUUGGUUCAAGAGAUGAAUCCACCAAAGUUCGAGAAGACCGAGGACAUGUCCAACUUGACUUUCCUCAACGACGCCUCCGUCUUGCAUAACUUGCGUUCCCGUUACGCUGCUAUGCUCAUCUACACCUACUCCGGACUUUUCUGUGUCGUCAUCAACCCAUACAAACGUCUUCCAAUCUACACUGACUCUGUUGCCCGUAUGUUCAUGGGAAAGAGAAAGACCGAAAUGCCACCACAUUUGUUCGCUGUCUCUGAUGAGGCCUACCGUAACAUGCUCCAGGAUCAUGAGAAUCAAUCUAUGCUCAUUACCGGAGAAUCCGGAGCUGGAAAAACUGAGAACACCAAGAAGGUUAUUGCCUACUUCGCCUCCGUCGGAGCUUCCCAACAGGAAGGAAACGCCGCUGCUGAUCCAACCAAGAAGAAGGUCACCCUUGAGGACCAAAUCGUCCAGACCAAUCCAGUACUUGAAGCCUUCGGAAACGCCAAGACUGUCCGUAACAACAACUCAUCCCGUUUCGGAAAGUUCAUCCGUAUCCACUUCUCCAAACACGGACGCCUCGCUUCUUGCGAUAUCGAGCAUUACUUGCUCGAGAAAUCUCGUGUCAUCCGUCAAGCCCCAGGAGAGCGUUGCUACCAUAUCUUCUACCAAAUCUACUCUGACUUCCGUCCAGAGCUCAAGAAGGAACUUCUUCUUGAUCUUCCAAUCAAGGACUACUGGUUCGUUGCCCAAGCUGAGUUGAUCAUUGACGGAAUCAAUGACGUCGAAGAGUUCCAACUUACUGACGAGGCUUUCGACAUCCUCAACUUCUCUGCCACCGAGAAGCAAGAUUGCUACCGUCUCAUGUCUGCUCUUAUGCACAUGGGUAACAUGAAGUUCAAGCAACGUCCACGUGAAGAGCAAGCCGAGCCAGAUGGUACCGAUGAGGCUGAGAAGGCUUCCAACAUGUACGGAAUCGGAUCUGAAGACUUCCUCAAGGCUUUGACCAAGCCACGUGUCAAGGUCGGAACCGAAUGGGUAUCCAAGGGACAGAACUGCGAACAAGUCACCUGGGCCGUCGGAGCCAUGGCCAAGGGUCUCUACUCUCGUGUCUUCAACUGGCUUGUUAAGAAGUGUAACUUGACUCUGGAUCAAAAGGGAAUUGAUCGUGACUACUUCAUCGGAGUACUCGAUAUUGCCGGAUUCGAAAUCUUCGACUUCAACUCCUUCGAACAGUUGUGGAUUAACUUCGUAAACGAGAAGCUCCAACAAUUCUUCAACCAUCACAUGUUCGUCCUCGAGCAGGAAGAAUACGCUCGUGAAGGAAUCCAAUGGACCUUCAUUGAUUUCGGUCUUGACUUGCAAGCUUGUAUCGAGCUUAUUGAGAAGCCACUCGGUAUCAUCUCCAUGCUCGAUGAAGAGUGUAUCGUACCAAAGGCUACUGACUUGACUCUUGCCUCCAAGCUUGUCGACCAACAUCUUGGAAAGCAUCCAAACUUCGAGAAGCCAAAGCCACCAAAGGGAAAGCAAGGAGAAGCUCACUUCGCCAUGCGGCACUACGCCGGAACUGUCCGUUACAACUGCAUGAACUGGCUUGAGAAGAACAAGGAUCCACUCAACGACACCGUUGUCUCUGCCAUGAAGGCUUCCAAGCUCAACGACCUUCUUGUCGAGAUCUGGCAAGACUACACCACUCAAGAAGAGGCUGCCGCUAAGGCCAAGGAAGGAGGUGGCGGUGGAAAGAAGAAGGGAAAGUCUGGAUCUUUCAUGACUGUCUCUAUGCUCUACAGAGAGUCCCUCAACAACUUGAUGACUAUGCUCAACAAGACUCACCCACAUUUCAUCCGUUGCAUCAUUCCAAACGAGAAGAAACAAUGCGGAAUGAUCGACGCCGCUUUGGUUCUCAACCAGCUUACUUGCAACGGAGUGUUGGAAGGAAUCAGAAUUUGCAGAAAGGGAUUCCCCAACAGAACCCUCCAUCCAGACUUCGUCCAGCGUUACGCUAUCCUUGCCGCCAAGGAGGCCAAGUCCGAUGACGACAAGAAGAAGUGUGCUGAGGCCAUCAUGUCCAAACUCGUCAACGACGGAUCCCUCAACGAGGAAAUGUUCCGUAUCGGUCUCACCAAGGUCUUCUUCAAGGCCGGAGUUCUUGCUCAUCUCGAAGACAUCCGUGACGAGAAACUUUCCACCAUCCUCACUGGAUUCCAAUCCCAGAUCAGAUGGCACUUGGGACUCAAGGAACGCAAGCGUCGUAUGGAGCAACGUGCCGGACUUCUCAUCGUCCAACGCAACGUCCGCUCCUGGUGCACACUCCGUACCUGGGAAUGGUUCAAGCUUUACGGAAAGGUCAAGCCAAUGCUCAAGGCCGGAAAGGAAGCCGAGGAGCUCGAGAAAAUCAACGACAAGGUUAAGGCUCUUGAGGAGUCCUUGGCCAAGGAAGAGAAACUCCGCAAGGAAUUGGAGGAGUCCUCUGCCAAGCUCGUCGAGGAGAAGACUUCCCUCUUCACCAACUUGGAAUCCGCCAAGACCCAACUCUCCGAUGCCGAAGAGAGACUUGCAAAGCUUGAGUCUCAACAAAAAGACGCCUCCAAGCAGCUCGCCGAGCUCAACGACCAACUCGCCGAUAACGAAGACCGUACCGCUGAUGUUCAGCGCGCCAAGAAGAAGGUUGAGGCCGAGGUCGAGGCUUUGAAGAAGCAGAUCCAAGAUUUGGAGAUGUCUCUCCGCAAGGCUGAGUCCGAGAAGCAAUCCAAGGACCACCAGAUCAGAUCUCUCCAAGACGAAAUGCAACAACAAGAUGAGGCUAUUGCCAAGCUCAACAAGGAGAAGAAGCACCAAGAGGAGAUCAACCGCAAGCUCAUGGAGGACCUCCAAUCCGAAGAGGACAAGGGUAACCACCAGAACAAGAUCAAGGCCAAGCUUGAGCAAACUCUUGAUGACCUCGAGGAUUCCCUUGAGCGUGAGAAGAGAGCUCGUGCUGAUCUCGACAAGCAGAAGAGAAAGGUCGAGGGAGAGCUCAAGAUUGCUCAGGAGAACAUCGACGAAUCUGGACGUCAACGUCACGAUUUGGAGAACAACUUGAAGAAGAAGGAGUCUGAGUUGCACUCAGUUUCCUCAAGACUUGAGGACGAACAAGCUCUCGUCUCAAAGCUUCAACGCCAGAUCAAGGAUGGACAAUCCCGUAUCUCCGAGCUCGAAGAGGAACUCGAGAACGAGCGUCAAUCACGCUCCAAGGCUGACCGCGCCAAGUCCGAUCUCCAACGCGAGUUGGAAGAGCUCGGUGAAAAACUCGACGAGCAAGGAGGAGCCACCGCCGCCCAGGUUGAGGUCAACAAGAAGCGUGAGGCUGAACUCGCCAAGCUCCGCAGAGAUUUGGAAGAGGCCAACAUGAACCACGAGAACCAACUCGCUGGACUCCGCAAGAAGCACACUGACGCCGUCGCUGAACUCACCGACCAACUUGACCAACUCAACAAGGCCAAGGCUAAGGUUGAGAAGGACAAGGCUCAAGCCGUCCAUGACGCUGAGGAUCUCGCUGCUCAACUCGACCAAGAAACAUCUGCCAAGCUCAACAACGAGAAGCUCGCCAAGCAAUUCGAGCUCCAGCUCACCGAGCUUCAAUCUAAGGCUGAUGAGCAAUCUCGUCAACUCCAAGACUUCACUUCUCUCAAGGGACGUCUUCACACCGAGAACGGAGACCUCGUUCGUCAACUCGAGGAUGCCGAAUCUCAAGUCAGCCAGCUCACCAGACUGAAGUCUCAACUCACCUCUCAACUCGAGGAGGCUCGCCGUACCGCCGAUGAGGAGGCACGCGAACGUCAAACCGUUGCUGCUCAAGCCAAGAACUACCAACACGAAGCUGAGCAACUUCAAGAGUCUCUCGAAGAGGAGAUCGAAGGAAAGAACGAGAUCCUCAGACAACUCUCCAAGGCCAAUGCCGAUAUCCAACAAUGGAAGGCUCGCUUCGAGGGAGAAGGACUCCUUAAGGCUGAUGAACUCGAGGAUGCCAAGAGACGUCAAGCCCAAAAGAUCAACGAGCUCCAAGAGGCUCUUGAUGCCGCCAACUCCAAGAUCGCUUCCCUUGAGAAGACCAAAUCCAGACUUGUUGGAGAUUUGGAUGACGCUCAAGUUGAUGUCGAGAGAGCCAACGGAGUCGCCUCCACUCUUGAGAAGAAGCAAAAGGGCUUCGACAAGAUCAUCGACGAAUGGAGAAAGAAGACCGACGACUUGGCCGCUGAACUCGAUGGAGCUCAACGUGAUCUCCGCAACACCUCCACCGACCUCUUCAAGGCCAAGAACGCCCAAGAGGAACUCGCUGAGGUUGUUGAGGGACUCCGUCGUGAGAACAAGAGCUUGAGCCAAGAAAUCAAGGAUCUCACCGACCAACUCGGAGAAGGAGGACGCUCGGUUCACGAGAUGCAGAAGAUCAUCCGCCGUUUGGAAAUCGAGAAGGAGGAACUCCAACACGCUUUGGACGAGGCUGAGGCCGCCCUUGAAGCUGAAGAGAGCAAGGUUCUCCGCGCUCAAGUCGAGGUUUCCCAGAUCCGUUCCGAGAUCGAGAAGAGAAUUCAAGAGAAGGAGGAAGAGUUCGAGAACACCAGAAAGAACCAUGCCCGUGCCUUGGAAUCAAUGCAAGCUUCCCUCGAGACCGAAGCCAAAGGAAAGGCCGAACUUCUCCGCGUCAAAAAGAAGCUCGAGGCUGACAUCAACGAGCUCGAGAUUGCUUUGGACCACGCCAACAAGGCCAACGCUGAUGCCCAGAAGAACUUGAAGAGAUACCAAGAGCAAAUCCGCGAGUUGCAAUUGCAAGUCGAGGAGGAGCAACGCAAUGGAGCCGACACCCGUGAACAAUUCUUCAACGCCGAGAAGCGCGCCACUCUUCUGCAAUCCGAGAAGGAGGAACUUUUGGUUGCCAACGAAGCCGCCGAGAGAGCCCGCAAACAAGCCGAAUAUGAAGCCGCCGAUGCCCGUGACCAAGCCAACGAAGCCAACGCCCAAGUCAGCAGCUUGACCUCUGCCAAGAGAAAGCUCGAGGGAGAAAUCCAAGCCAUCCACGCCGACCUCGACGAGACCCUCAACGAGUACAAGGCCGCUGAGGAGCGCUCCAAGAAGGCCGUCGCUGAUGCCACCAGACUCGCCGAGGAACUCCGUCAAGAACAAGAACACUCUCAACACGUCGACCGUCUUCGCAAGGGACUUGAGCAACAACUCAAGGAGAUCCAAGUCCGUCUUGAUGAAGCCGAAGCCGCCGCUCUUAAGGGAGGAAAGAAGGUCAUCGCCAAGCUCGAGCAACGUGUCCGUGAACUCGAAUCCGAAUUGGACGGAGAACAACGCCGCUUCCAAGAUGCUAACAAGAACCUCGGACGUGCCGACAGACGUGUUCGCGAACUCCAAUUCCAGGUUGAUGAGGACAAGAAGAACUUCGAACGUCUCCAAGAUCUCAUUGACAAACUCCAACAGAAGUUGAAGACCCAGAAGAAGCAAGUCGAAGAAGCUGAGGAACUCGCCAACUUGAACCUCCAGAAGUACAAGCAACUCACUCACCAACUCGAGGAUGCCGAAGAACGUGCCGACCAAGCCGAGAACUCCCUCUCCAAGAUGCGUUCGAAAUCUCGUGCCUCCGCUUCAGUUGCUCCAGGACUCCAGAGCUCCGCAUCGGCCGCCGUCAUCAGAUCACCAUCCCGUGCCCGUGCUUCUGACUUCUGA